AUGCACGGCCAUUCCGUGUACCGAUUCCACUCAUCCGGCUGGGCGAUCUCGCGCGUCACUUUACGUACGCGCUGGGCUCCCCAGGCCGUGGUGAGUGUGGACGAUUUGCCGUGCACGGGCGUCGAGUGCGUGGCGGUGACCGUGCGAAUCGGAACAGCCGACACGUGCGUCGCGAGUGUUUACGCGUGCUGCGGCGGCCGCUGGGACAAGGAGAUGAUCGUGCGGCUAUCACAGCGUGUGCGCGGCGACCUCGUGAUGUGCGGAGACUUCAAUUCCCAUAACACAGCGUGGGGAUCAAGCCACACCGACCGCAGCGGCCUAGACCUGCUUGAUGCCAUCCAGCGGGCGGCUCUGCUCGUAGCCAACACGGGCUGUGUUACUUUCACCCGUCGCGGCAGCGAGGGAAGUGUGUUGGAUCUCUCGCUAGUGUCGGAGCGCUGCCAUUACGUCUGGCGCCGCAGCCCCGACAUGCGAGGGUCCGACCACUACCCAAUCCACCUAGAGCCCCGCCGUGCCGCCCACCUGCCGACGCGUGCAGCUGAGAGGAUAGCACUGCGCUCGGGCAAACGCGAGCACUGGACGGUGUACAACCGGCUCGACGCGGUAUGCCGUCGCCACGCGAAGCAGCGCCGCAACGCCAGCUGGUCAAGCCUCUGCUCGUCGCUGGAACGGGCGAGCGUCCGAUCGAGCCCGUGGCGAAUCCUGGGGGCGAUCCUGCGGCCCCGCGCGCCGCGCUGCCCCGUCCUCUCCAUCGCCGUGGCUCGCGGCAUCACGAGCGGUCAGCUGGCCGAGCUGCUCGCCGAGACUUUCUGCCCGCCACCCAUCAUCCGUCCACUGGCGCCGUACGUGCUGCAGCCGCAACCGCAUCCAAGGCGCGAGCUGCUUGCCCCGGAGCGGUACUUCCCGACGGCCGGGAUCCUCGAGGACAUCAGGGCGCUGUGCGAGGCUGACUUCACUAUCGGUGAGCUUCGCACAGUGCUCACAUCGAGGAAGCUCCGCUCAGCACCAGGUUCCGAUGGCGUCACGUAUCAGAUGCUUAGGAACCUGGAUGGUGACCAGCUCUUGCUGCUGCUCGACGCAUACAACAACGUCUGGCGGACCGGCAGCAUCCCGGACGAGUGGAGCGAGGCGAUUGUUGUCCCGCUGCUCAAGGCCGGCAAGGCAGCCAGCAGUCCUGCUUCGUACCGGCCCGUUUCGCUCACCUCCGCUGCUGGCAAGGUGCUCGAGGCCAUGGCGCUACGGCGGCUCGAGUGGAUUACGGCGGCGCUCGACACCUUGGCGGCGGAGCAGAGCGGCUUCCGGCGACUCCGGGCCACAGCGGACUGCCUUGCCGACGUGAUCGCCACGCUGGAGACAGCGAAGCGCCGGGGCGAGGCAGGCUACCUCAUCCUUCUCGACGUCGAGAGCGCCUUCGACCGUCUGCCACACGCUACCAUCAUGGACGCACUCGAUGCGCUCGGAGUGUGCGGACGAAUGCGAAGCUACAUUGCGGCGUUCCUCGGCGGCAGAACGAUGCGGGUGCGCGUGGCGGGAGCGCUCAGUCGGCCGCGUGUGGUUGUGACAGGAGUGCCGCAGGGCAGUGUGCUUAGCCCAUUCCUGUUCAACCUCGCGCUGGCACGCAUCCCCGACUACAUUCCCCAGUUCCCGGCGCAUGAGGUUCGAGUCGCAGUAUACGCGGACGACAUCGCGUUGUUCGCCAUCGGCCCCACCAGUAUCGGCUAUGCGGUGCGUGCGUGUGUGCAGCGCGCGCUGGAUGGGGUCGAUGCUUACAUCAGCGGCAUCGGCCUCACCCUCCGGGUUCGCUACCUUGGCCUUGUGAUCGACCGACGGCUGAACUGGCGUGCUGCAGUAGCUGCCCUGCGGAAAGGUGCCGCGCAGGUAGCGGGCGCCGCGCGCUCCCUGCUCGCUCGUGGCCAAGGCUGUUCGCCGACCCUCGCGCUGCGCCUAUACAACUCUGUGGCCUCGGCGCGGAUCCUGUACGCGCUGCCCCUGGCGGACCUGCAGCCGACGCAAUGGAAGGUGAUGGACGCGGAUCACCGAGCCGUCGUACGCCAGUUCCUGUGCCUCCCGCGGUCUUCGCAGAGCGGCGCCACUCUCGCCGAGGCGGGGGAGACGCCCAUCUCUCUCCGAGCCGAGGGGCGGGCCCUCAACCACGUGGAGCGCUUGCAUCGUUCGCGGCACGGCCAGCAGCUGAUCAGCCGGCUGCACUCUCUCCCGAGCUCCGGCAUGGGUCGCCGCGUCACCGAGUUCGCCAACCUGGUACGGGGCGGCGCCACGUGCGCGUGGCUUGCCCCGCCGCCACAUCGGGAGCGUCGUCUGCUCAUCCGCACGACCGUCCCUGGCGUUCGAGGCAAGCGCAACACUCCGCUCUGCGCCUUGCAACAGGAGACGGCUGCGGCCAUCAACGAGCAGCUGGCCGGCCGGGUGCUCGUGUUUACUGACGGCUCGGUCUUGCGGGACGGUGCUGCCGCUGCCGCGUGCGUCACUCCGGACAUCCCAGCGCAAAGUCAGUGCACCGUGUUGAGCGCCGUAUCAUCAACACACGCGGAGCUGGCGGCCAUCGACUUGGCGGCCGAACUUAUCUACCAGCGGCGCAUCCCUGCUGCGGCCAUCCUGACGGACUCCCGCGCGGCACUGCACAUGCUGGCCAGGGCUGACCAUGGGCCACCGCUGAUCCAGCGCCUCCUGCGGAAAAUCCAUGGCGUGUGCGAGCAGGGAUGCGACCUCGUUCUGCAGUGGGUGCCUGCACACAUCGGCAUACACGGGAACGAGGAAGCAGACCGGCUCGCGAGGGCCGCCCACACGGCGACUGUGCCUCGUUCACUCGUCGUGACGCCUUUCGACGUCGCCCGUCACACCGUGGCCGGCAUGUUGCGUGCACGACACCCGGACGCCCGCGUCGCCAGUGGCAACCCACCGAGACUCCUGCCGCGAAAGGGUCUUCAUCGUCGAGACCGGGCGCUGCUGCUUCGUCUCCGCGUCGGCUGCUACCGCACCGCAGCAAGGACUCACCGCCUGCAAGGUACGGGAAGCCCCUUUUGUGAAAAGUGCGCCGACGUGGAGGACUUAGAUCACGUGCUUUUGCGAUGCCGAGAGUACACGGCGCAGCGUGACACGCUCACGAGCGUUUACCGCCGCCUUGGCCUGCCGUGCGACAGCACCGAGGCACUUCUCUUCCCGGCGGCGCAUUCAUCAGUGACCGCGCGCGCCUUCGCGGCACUGCUCGAAUUCCUGGACGGCGCCGAACUGUACGAGCGGCUGUAGCCGCCGCGCCUUCAUGACGUUCCUUACCGCUGGGCUAUCUCAACUCUAUACUCUGUUUUCUUCGCUACACUUUUUACCCCUCUCCCCUCACCCGUACAGCGCCGUGGAGGUGCCCUCGCACGAG